GUUGAUAAAGUUUACUUAUAAGAGUGAUGUGAUUGAGACUUUUGUGAGUCAAGAGGUUUAAAGAUUGAGAAGAUAACGAUAUGUCUCGUGAAUCAGAGAACACUGAUGAUGAACCACCGAAAUGGAUGCAGUUUCGUUCUCUGCUGGUAUUUUCGAUGCUUUUGCGUGUGUUUUUGAUUGUUUAUGGAGAAUGGCAAGAUGCUCAUAUGGAGGUCCGGUACACUGACGUUGAUUACAUUGUAUUUUCCGAUGCUGCGUCGUUGAUGGCAUCCGGGGAGUCCCCUUACAAGAGAACCACAUACCGUUAUUCUCCUUUGCUUGCCCUUCUUCUGACCCCUAAUUCCUUCUUUCAUCGGUCAUGGGGAAAGUUUCUCUUCUCAGCUUCUGAUUUACUGGUCGGCUGGUUUGUCCAUAAGAUUUUGAGAGAACGUAAGGUGCCUGAGAAGAUAUGUACAUAUUCUGUUAUGGUUUGGCUUCUCAAUCCGUUUACAUUCACUAUUGGAACCAGAGGGAACUGUGAACCCAUCGUUUGUGCCAUGAUAUUAUGGAUCAUCAUCUCUCUUAUGCGAGGUAAUUUGUCACAAGCUGCAUUUUGGUAUGGGCUUGUUGUGCAUUUCAGGGUGUAUCCUAUUAUUUAUGCGUUGCCAAUCAUCCUGGUUCUCGAUUCCCAGAUAUUUAGAUCUGGUCAAAAGCCUGCUCUCGAGGAUUGGAAUACCGGUCAGGCCAAGACACCUAUCAGCAACACGGAGAGAAAAACAUUCCUCUUCAAUCUCUUGACCACCUUGAAAAGUUUAUUUUCCAGGGAGAGAAUCAUGUUUGCUUUGAUAUCCGGGGGAGUUUUUUUAGCUUGCAAUGCUGUUUCCUUCUAUUUUUAUGGACACGAGUUCCUGCACGAGGCUCUCUUAUAUCAUCUGACUCGGACAGAUCCAAGGCACAACUUCUCCAUCUACUUCUAUCACAUAUAUCUUCACUAUGAGCGCCAGUUUUCAGCUGUGGAGAAGCUUAUCUCGUUUUUACCCCAGUUUACAGUACAGUUUGCUCUAGUCUUCUGCUUCUCGCAGGAUCUAGUGUUCUGCAUCUUUCUCCAAACCGUUGCAUUUGUGGCUUUCAAUAAGGUGAUAACUGCGCAGUACUUUGUGUGGUUCUAUUGCCUGCUACCCCUGAUUCUACCAUGGAGCCGUAUGAAGCUGAAAUGGGAAGGCUUGUUAUGCAUCAUUAUGUGGAUCGGAGCUCAGACACAUUGGCUCUUAUGGGGAUACAUGCUCGAGUUCAAGGGCCUUAACGUCUUUUUACCGCUAUGGAUCGCGAGUAUACUGUUUCUGGCUGCAAACACCUUCGUCCUCGUCAGAAUCAUACAACGCCAUCGAUUCUCUCCUCUCUUCAAACGGUAUGAAUCGUCGUCCUCUUCAAAGAAUGUUACCAAACUUGACUGAGACUAGUCAAAAGUUAUUUACUCUCUUGGUUUGUUGGGUCAUUACCAUCUACUGAGACCUUAGAGUUUAUGGCUUUUGUAUAUGAUUCAUUGUUUGCAAAUUUUGUUUGUUUGAUAUGUAUUCUUAAGGUUUGUUAGGAUUUUCUCUAGAAUAGUUCAUUGAGGAACUUAUAUAGCGAUUUAUUUACCGGAAUAUGAAACAUUCAUGGAGCUUGCAUGUCCUCGGAUUCAUUGUACAAGAGAGACUGCAAAGAGCUGUAUAAUAAACACAACAGAUCAUA